GACAACAUGCCUCAGACUCCACCAUUCACGGGGCAGCUAAACACAGGCAGCUACAACAAGAACCUGUACCAGACCAAGGAGGAAGGCUACCCCGGCCUCUACUAUCAUGACAACAACCUGGUGUCCGGGUCCCUGGAGGCCCUCAUCCGCCACCUGGUCCCAACUGUAGAUUAUUACCCAGAUAGGACGUACAUCUUCACCUUCCUGCUCAGCUCUCGCCUCUUCAUCCACCCGUAUGAGCUCAUGUCCAGGGUGUGUCACCUGUGUAUGGAGCAACAGCGACUCGGCGACCCCCAGGGUGACAAGAUGAGAGUCAGGAAGAAUGCCCCCAAGAUCCUCCAGCUCCUGACCGAGUGGACGGAAACCUUCCCGUACGACUUCAGGGACGAGAGGAUGAUGCGCAGCCUGAAGGAGCUGACCCACCGACUGGCCAGCGGAGACGAGGUUUACAGGAAGGCGGUCGGUCAGAUGAGCCAGGGCCUGAUCAGGAGGUUGACGGUGCUCAGCCAGUACGAGGAAGCGCUGGUCAAGAUCAACGCCACCGCGGCCGAGCGACUGACGGCUCUAAAAGCGAAGCCGCAGGCGUCCAUCCAGAGAGACAUGCUGUCCAUCUGCAACGACCCGUUCACUGUCGCCCAGCAGCUCACGCACAUAGAACUGGAGAGACUGAGUUACAUCGGACCUGAAGAAUUCGUCCAGGCCUUCGUCCAGAAAGACCCUUUAGACAAUGAUAAG